CUUGAUAGGCGUGUGAUUAUCAGAGAAGACCCUCGCUCGGCGUCUGUGUACAUCGCAGACUACAUCAUCAGCCGCAUUCAGGCGUUCAAGCCAACCCCAGAGAACCCUUUCGUUCUCGGUCUGCCCACUGGCAGCAGCCCAGAGUUCAUCUACAAGAUCCUCGUCCAGCGGCACCGCGCCGGCGAGAUUUCUUUUAAAAAUGUCGUGACCUUCAACAUGGAUGAAUACGUCGGCCUUCCACGCGACCACCCAGAGUCCUACCACAGCUUCAUGUACAAGCAUUUCUUCUCCCAUGUAGACGUGCCCCCGCAGAAUAUCAACAUUCUGAACGGCGAGGCAACAGACCUCACAGCCGAAUGCGCCUCCUUCGAGUCGCGCAUCGCCAGCUACGGCGGAAUCGAGCUCUUCCUCGGCGGUGUUGGACCCGAUGGCCACAUUGCCUUCAACGAACCAGGCUCAUCAUUGAACAGUCGCACCCGCGUCAAGACACUUGCCUACGACACCAUUCUCGCCAACAGCCGCUUCUUCGGCAACGAUACCGCAAAGGUGCCCCGUAUGGCAAUGACCGUCGGAAUCAAAACAAUCAUGGACUCCCGCGAAGUUGUCAUCGUCGCUACAGGCGCCCACAAGGCUAUCGCGGUGCAGAAGGGUCUCGAGGAUGGUGUGAACCACAUGUGGACCCUUUCCGCUCUGCAACUGCACCAGCACCCACUGAUCGUGUGUGAUCGGGAUGCAACACUUGAGCUGAAGGUCAAGACCGUGCGCUAUUUCGAGUCGAUCGAGCAAGCCGGCACGGAUGCGCGGACUCAGGGCCCGGCCUUGGUGUACCGCCCUCGGACUUAUGAUCCUUCAGUAAAGACUCCUACUGGGCCGCAGUCACAGCAGCUGACUCCGGACCGCACCCCCGAGAAGGUUCCUAAGGAUUUGCGCAUUAAUACCGAGUUGCAUCGCGCUAUGGAGGACGAGGAACUUACCCCUGAUAGUAUGUCUUCGCGGUUGGUGGAUUCGGCUAUUGGGGGGCUCGAUGGGACGAUGAAGAGUGAUCUUAUCUUUGAUCGGAUGGGCACUCGCCUGACUACUCUCUAG